AUAUGGCGGAUGAGGAUCCAAACACGAAAGUUGUUGAAGACGCUCCUACGAAAGAAGAAGAACUGGAGGCAACGGAACCUGAACAAGAUGCCGUGGUUAACAAUAGCGACGAGGUCCAGAAAGACAAACCGGCAGACAGCUCUUGGUCGGCGCCGAUUCUGUCUUUUGCUCGUAAAGCGACGGAGACGUUGAGCAGUGUGAACAACUACAGUGCUGGAUUAAAGACAUCUUACACACAACAACACUCCUGUGACAACUCUGACACUAUUAAACCCACAGGUUUGAAAGAUCCUGCAGCAGUGGAGAGGUCAAAUCUCCUCAGCAUGAUGAAGCUCAGCAUCAAGGUUCUGAUCCAGUCGUCUCUCAGUCUCGGCCGGACACUUGACUCUGAUUUUCCUCCUCUGCAGCAGUUCUUUGUGGUUCUGGAGCACUGCCUUAAACACGGACUAAAAGUGAAGAAGUCUUUCAUUGGUCAGAAUAAAUCUAUCUGGGCACCACUUGAGUUGAUAGAAAAACUGUGCCCUGAGUCAGCUGACAUUGCCACCAGUGUGCGUGAUAUGCCAGGACUCAAGACAGGGCUUGGGCGAGCCAGAGCGUGGCUGCAUUUGGCACUUAUGCAGAAAAAAAUUGCAGACUACAUGAAAGUCCUUAUAAACAGGCGAGACCUUCUUGGGGAGUUUUAUGAGCCCGGAUCUCUUAUAUUGGAGGAGGAAGGGGCUGUUAUCGUGGGCAUGCUGGUGGGCCUGAAUGUGAUCGAUGCUAAUUUGUGUGUGAAAGGAGAGGAUCUGGAUUCUCAGGUGUGCAUUAUUGACUUCUCAUUAUACUUAAAGGAUCCACAGAAAACUGAGACCACACAAGAUGAUUCAAAAAUGACAGCCAUCCUUGACCAGAAGCACUAUAUAGAAGAACUGAACCGCCAUCUUAGCUGUACAGUGACGGAUCUUCAGGCCAAGAUGGACUCGCUGGAGAAGACCAAUGGCAAACUCAUUGAGGAGCUGACAGCAGCAACAGACAGAAUCAAUGCUCUGCGUGAAGAGCAGGAAGAACUUAAACAGGAAAAUGCAAAUAUUCUCCAAAGUAGUCAGAGGAAAGAGGAGGUGACUCUUCAAGACAGCCAGGUGGAGCUGGAAACAUAUCGGCAGACACGUCAGGGUUUGGAUGAAUUGUACAAUGUAGUUUGGAAGCAGUAUAAAGAGGAGAAACGAAUCCGGCAGGAGCUGCAAAAAGAGCUGGAGCUGCAGAUUGGACUGAAGCAGGAAAUAGAGGUGGCCAUGAAACUCCUGGAAAAGGAUACUCACGAGAAACAGGACACGCUGGGUGCUUUACGACAACAGCUGGACCAGGUCAAGAAUCUCAACCUGCAGAUGUUCAACAAAGCACAGGAGUCUGACCGAGUAGCCCAGAGAAAAGUGGAGGAGAUGAUACAGCUUGAAAAGAAGAUGAUUCAGAUGGAGACAUCCAUGAGAGAACUGGAGCAGAGGCUUCAGAAUUCAGAGAAUUUGUGCAAGAACAUGGAUGAAAGCCAAAAUGAGCUGCGAUCAGAGAUGAAAGGGAAAGUGAACACCCUGCAGAAGCGUCUGACUGACCUGGACACACUCAGGGCAGGCUUGGAGUCAGAGCUCAGCACAGAGAAAGAACAGCGGCAGAACCUGCAGAGAGAGCUGCAGAGAGAGCAGGACAACAGCACAGAGCUGUGCACACAACUGCAGCAGUUGCAAGGCCUGCAGACGGAAUUGCUUGAACUGCGACAUGAGAAGAAACAGCUCCAGCAGCUGUGUGAGGAACAGGAAAAGGCACUACAGGAGAUGGGUCUUCAUCUCAGCCAGUCCAAACUAAAGAUGGAGGACUUCAAAGAGGUCAACAAAGCAUUGAAGGGCCAUGCUUGGCUUAAAGAUGAUGAAGCCACACAGUGCAAACAGUGUCAAAAAGAGUUCUCAAUAUCUCGGAGGAAACACCAUUGCAGAAACUGUGGAGAUAUCUACUGCAACAGCUGCUCCAGUAAUGAGCUGGCUCUACCUUCAUAUCCCAAACCUGUCCGUGUGUGUGAUGUCUGUCAUUCCCUCCUGCUCCAGAGGAGUACCACUGGCUCCUGACAACACUUACAAUACCAUCAUGUGUGUAUAAAACUACAGGCUACUCACAAAAUCUUUUUUUUGGGCAUUUUUAGACCAACAGUAACACGUAUGCAUUAAUGUUGUCAUUUCUUGUGACACCAUUGGCUUCCAGUUGAAACCUUUGAUUGUUGCAAAACCAUAUGCAAAGUUUCUUUGACAGUAGGAUAAUUAACAGCAACAUUAAGGUAAAUGAUUGUAUUUUUACUAAUAGUAUCCAAUUUAGGGAGAAAACUAACACAUUUAAGCCUUUCAGGUGUUCACCAAGAGUGGAUGCUGAGGAUUUCUGAUUAAAGCAUACUGAACGCCAGUAUGCAAAAGAUUUUUACACAUAGUUGAAUUCUAAUCUUGUAUCAUUUUAAGUGUAAAUGCCUGUACUAAAACAGUUUAAGCCACAGAUCAUGCAUGUCAGAGGUAUCAAAAAUGGGGACUAAUACCAAUUGGAAGUCAGUAGGUUUAUCACAUAUCAAUUUUUCCUCAAGUGCAAAAUUAGAGGCAAUGUUAAAUUUAUAGGAUUGACCAUUUGCAAGAACAUUAAAGAGCAAUUU